GGCGUGUAAGUGGAAAUCCUUGCAUGGAUGAAAAUUACUUUCGUCCAUGCCCCUUCGGAUUGCUUUGUUUACAAACAAUAAUUACCAUCGCCCGCCUGAAAUUGAUCAAUUUCGUUCCCUGUCCAUCAUCAAUAUUUUCCUGCUUCAACAUUAGUUCUUCGAAAACGUCACAAAAUUAAAGUUGUGUGACACAGUAGUCCCUGUGAAACUUCUGCCUCCCGUACAAAGCCGGACGAGCAUCGUUCAUGAGAGGUUAAUUUUCUCUCAAACAUUGUGAUGGGUUGCUGUAUCGCCGACUCUGAUACUGACAGUGUUGAUCACAUCAAAGUAAGAGGCUGCACCGAUCCACUAUGGCUGAUAAUUUUCAUUACAUUUUGGCUUUUCAUGAUCUUCAUAGCUGGGUUUGCUUUCGUGCUGGGAGACCCACUGCGAUUAAUUCAUGGCUACGACAGUUUUGGUAAUACCUGUGGUCAAAGAAACAACAAUAAAAUGGGCUCUCUUGAAUUUUCUGGACUUGAUAUGUCAGAUAAAAAGUAUCUAUUCUUUAUGGAUAUGAGUCAUAUUAACAUUACUCAACAAAUCUGUGUGAAGAAAUGUCCUGACAGAGACAUCGUUGACUUGGAGGAUGUACAAAGAUUUUUCAAUGAGACGGGAUCUUCUCUUUGCAGCUACAACGUAGAUCUUGUAAACAUGAAUUUCUCUCGAUACUUUGAUGUACUGGCCAAUAAAUCUAAUCCUAAUUUGACCAUUGAAAGCUUAAGCACGCCUUUGGGACCAUGCCCUCCUUUCCCCAUCUAUAAGAGCACUUCUAUUUUGAAUCGUUGCGUACCAGUAGUCAUCAAAAAAUUCACUGUUGGCCUGUUAAACAAUUUUAUCAAAGUGCUAAAUCGUUGGGACCUGGUGGAAGAAAUUUUAGGAGAUGUCUACAAUGCAUGGCCUACAAUAUUGGGAUUCACUGUAUUUGCUUUGGUUUUAUCAAUAAUAACGGUCUCUCUACUGCAUUUAUUCACAAGUAUUGCAACUUGGCUAAUUCUUAUGGCUGUUAGUGUGGGCUCUGUUGGUGCAACUAUGUAUUUAUGGUACACAUAUUUUGAAAUAAAAUGGAAACUGGAUCAUGAGUCUGAGGUACAGCCUGAACGUAUGUUUCUAAAUAGAUCACUGCACAAUGAACAAGCAAUAUGUCUGUACGCAAUUGUUGCAACAAUCAUAACGGCUAUCCUGUUGCUGCUCGUUUUGGUGAUGUGUAAGAGAGUUUCUACCCUGGCGAUUCUGUUCAAGGAUGCUGCAUCAUGUUUGUCAGAACUUCCGUUUCUAUUCCUUCAACCUCUUAUAUCUUUUGUGAUCCUUAUGGUUUUCUACACAUUCUGGAUAGCUGUAAUCGUAAGCCUUGCGACUGCAAAUUAUCCAGGAACAAAACAGUUGAAACCUUUCACCAGCCUCGGCGCUCUUGCCUCCACAAGUCCAAGCGCUCCGUUUAACUCAACAUUUAAUAUGGGUACACCAAAACCACUCAGUGUGUCUGAUUUGAAAAAAUUCACUUUUGUCGAGUAUGUGGAUCCAACCUGGGUUCGUUACAUGUGGUGGGUAUAUGUAAUUGGCCUCAUCUGGACUUCUGAAUUCGUACUAGCUUGUCAGCAAAUGAUUAUUGCAGGAGCGGUUGCAAAAUGGUAUUUUGAAGUCAGGCGUAACAAGGAGGAAAAUAAUAAUUCAAUCCUCAUGUCAUCAGUCAGAACUCUGUUGAAGUAUCAUCUAGGCUCAAUGGCUUUGGGAUCCCUCCUCAUCACAAUUUUUAAGAUUCCACGACUGAUCAUUACUUACUUUCAUAACAGAUUCAAGAAUCAAGAAGAAGAGUCUGUGGUCGCUAAAUGUGGGCUAAAGUCUUGUUACUGUUGUUUUUUGUGUCUUGAAAACUUCAUUCGUUACAUGAAUCACAAUGCAUACACCAUAAUCGCAAUUCGAGGGAUUCCUUUUUGUCCUGCUGCCAGUAGGGCAUGGAAUGUUCUGGUCUCCAAUGCGCUACAGUUAGCAGUCAUUAAUAGUGUUGGAGACUUCAUUUUGUUCCUCGGAAAAUGUUUUGUCACAGCUGUAACAGGAGCUGUAGGACUUUUGGUCUUGAAACAAGAUGAAACUCUUCAUUUUUAUGCUGCACCAAUGCUUGUGAUCUCAAUAUUUGCUUUCUUUAUCGCACAUGCAGUCAUUUCAUUGUAUGAGAUUGUCAUUGACACUCUGUUCCUAUGCAUGUGUGAGGAUAAAAACAUGAAUGGAGAGGAAGGCGCUUGGAAAAAUACUGGAGUCGCAGCUUUGGUUGCUAAGGACCAGGUACCAUCUGAGUUAGCGCCAAUAAAUACGUAGCCUUAGUCCUAUUGGGAAACUAACUAUUUUUCAAAAGAAUUUAAUAGGUCUAAUUUUUUGUUUCCGUUGAAUGUUUUUAAUUUUUUAUUUUUAGUUUCUAGUUGAUUCUUGAAGCAUCCAAGAUGUUACAUCACAUUUUUCUACUUUUACUCGUUUGAUUGCUUAAAUGUGUGAUUGAAAAUCCAACUACAGGGCAGCUUUUACUUGUGAACACAGCAGUUAAGAUGAAUUUGUAUUCAAUUGAAAAUGGGUUUUUAAAGUUUUGUAGGAUUAAAUUUUUACUGCUGUGUCCAAAACUUAAAUUUUUAAGACUUUUAGGCCGAAAAGAGCCAUGUUUUUACAAGAUGCAACAAAUUUUCAUCUGCUCCUGAAGAAGUUUUUAUUUUGUUUUGCGGAGAGCAGUUAGGUAUUAUUUAAUUAGUUCAGUUUGUAAAUUGGUUCCUGAAACUAAAUACUGUUCAAUAGACUUAAAAGUUUCUGAUAUUCUCAGCUAUUGAAAAAUGCAUUCGAAUUUCGGUCAGUAUUCACCCCUAUAUGAACCCUCUAUCUUUUUCCAUGGUUUAGUAUCAUGAAAUUUUAUCAUGGUACUGUGUACUUCUCUCGUCACGUCACUAGUCCAGCAUUGCCACAAAAAUUGUUUUAAAAUAGGGUGUAGCACAAGUACCAAGGUUUCUAUCAUUUCAGUAAAUGAAAACUCACGUGACAGGUUUACCAAACAUUUUUUUUUCUAAAAAACUAGUUUUGAAAUUGUUUUAAAAAGAGAAAAAUUUUAAUAUUAUCCUUGACUCCUCCUUGUUUAGAAAGCUAAUAGUUUUUGAAAUUAAAUCUUUUCCUAUUUUAUACUAUUAUCGAAAUUUCAAAAACCAAAUAAAAUCAUACAAGUUACAGUCUGAAGAACAAAAUACCCCUGUACUUAAACUUUAAAUAGAAGAAUGUAUCUUGUUUUGUCAUAUGUUCAGACAUGUGCUGUUUAAAACAAAAUUUAAUGUUUAAUAUAUUUCCUUAUUUCCCCCUCCCCCCUUUUUCCCAUUUAUGUGCAUUUGUAGAUAUUUUCUGCAAUGAUAGACCGGUGACUUACUAUUUUGAAGUUGAGGGACUUGUCUUAAACUAAAUGGAAACCGCUUGAGAACAGAGGAUAAUUUAUGUAUCCCUGUGGCUCAAAGUUUCCAAGCAGUUAAGAGUUAUGUUUCCUAUCACAAUUUUUUUAAUAAAGUAGCAAGAUACAUUCUCUUUUUUCCAGAAUAUGCAAGUGAUCAAUAAACCGCACUCAGGUAUAUUUUUGAGUACAUUAAUGCUUUAUCCUGUCUCUCAUAUCGUGGAUAAUUUUCAUUUAUGGUUUCUUUUUCUAUUCAGGGAAAGGGGCAUAUUAUUUACAUUAUUUUCUUGCGAGAUAAAAUAUUUGUUGGUUUAAUGCUGUAUUUUCAAUAAUACUCUGGAAUAUAUCCGAUUUUAUUUUAAAUACCUUAAAAUAUUGACCACUUAUUCUAUUUUUUGUCAUUUUAAAAACCUUAUUUGUUCACUAUCAUAGAAGGCUUUAGUCUAAAAACUAUUUAUCAGUUAGUUUCAGGAUACUUAAAAUUUAUUUUCUUCGAUUUUGAUACCUUGAAGGCCUGUCAAUAUUGCUGCAGCAAUGCUUCAUAAUAUAUAAAUUGAUGAAAUGCACCAUCCUCAUCAAAGUGUGAACAUUUCUGUUAUUGUAAUGUGGAAAAUCCCUGCGAUCUAUGAAAUACUUUCGGAUCAUUCUGUAAUUUAUUCCUUUUUCUAUCUUUAAAGGAUAGAAAUCAUUUCCAUGUUCUCAUAUUUCAUGUCUUUUAUCCUCCCCCCCCCCUCAUUGUAGCCCAAUUUUUACUGAUCUCAGUUGAAGGAACACCCUAGUAAAAGCGGCUUAUCAUGACAUCACUCUCAUUCCACACUCUUUGUUCCAUGAAGCUGUGUUACAUUACGUUGUUACCCAGACAAAAGAGGUUAACUCUAUUCCAAGGCUCCAAAAUUAAAUCACACAAUUCAAUUUUGUACCAGAGUAGGACUGCACAGUUUUUGUUCACAAUUUUGCUAAUUUUUGCGUAUAAUUGGAAGAGAAAUCUGCUAAAUUUUCCAUAGGAUAUGCCCAACUCUCUGCAGAUAAAAAUACAAUUUGCUGGUGAGAAUGCUGCAAUGUUGAAGUGGAAUUACGUUCUUUUGUCUGGGGAACAAAGAUUAAUGUGAUGUCUACCGAGCACCCUAACUUCACACUAGUUACACUAAUGUCAGAGUGACAUCAAACUGAUUUGUUUCAUGAGGCAGUGUGAUGUCAGAUUGAUGGACUAAUCAUGACUCCCUUUUACUAGGACAUUGAUCCAAGUUAUGCAGUAUUUUUCUUAUGUCAAGUUAAUACAAUUUUUUUAGAUGUAUUUCAUUGAGCUAUGUAUUUUAUAUAGUUUUCAUGUUUACUACCUUUGUAUUGAAUGAAUUUAUUUAUUUUAAUGUCAUUCCAUGAGGUUCUCUGAAACGAAGAUAAAACUCAAAUUUCUAAAUGUUACUACUGCUGAUUGCACCAGAAAUUCCAAGAAAGUCAGAUCAGUUAAAAUUUACAUUCCUUUAGUUUUUCUAGGAAUGAGUAUGUGCCUACAUCUGUUCUGAAUUAUCUACUGUCUAUAAUUUUUGUGCUCGAGAAAUAUUGUUUCAUCUGCUAAGAUUUCCUCGAUUUUAUACGUUUUGACAUGUCUUGAGUACAUAUUAAGUCAUAAUUUAACAUGUCUCUUAUAAAUGGAAUCAUAGUCAAAUGGAAUUUUCCACUCCAUGUAUAAAUUGAUAUUCAAGCAUAAAAUUCUCAUUCCUGACCGGACCUUAGUGCGUUUAAGUAGUUUUCUUUUAAAAUAGCUGAAGGUUAAGUUGUCUUUAUAUGUACUUGUUUUGCAACAGUAUUUUAUUGACAUCACUUAAAUUGUAAAAAAUGAGGAAUCUUUGCAAUCAUACAAAACAUAUUGAUUUUGAAUCAAGUUUCCUUUUACCAAAUUUUUCACAAAACAAGAAGGGAAAAAAAAAUCAUUAAUCAACAAUUAAAACUACUACAUAAUACGUUUCAUGGGAGCUAUGAUAUUUAGCCUUUUGCGGUCUCUUGAGACAGGAGCAAAAUUUGUAUUGUUACAAUAUAAUUAUUUUUCCUUGAAAAUUAGACAUUGGAGAAAGCUUUUUUUGGUUAACUGUUUUCCUUUCCUCCUGUUCUUUAUAAUUAAAUGAUUAAAUCUCUUACCUGUGAAAAUAGCACUCAAGUACAAAAGCAAUGCAUUUAAAGUUUAUAUGUGCAGCAGUAUUGCCAGUUGUAGGUUUGAAUUGAUGAGCUUUUAAUCCUUUAUUAGUGCUUUCUGGGGAAAAAGCAUGAUUUUGUUCCCCAAAUAAUACUUAGGGGAAAAGUGCUUUUUAUUUUAAUCCAGUGCCUCAGAUUAUAAAUCGCAAAAAUUGUGUUUUGUAUAAUUAUUAUAUUUUUGUAUCCAUUUUUCCUGUAUGUACUUAUGUCUGAUGAAUUAAUUGAGUAAGAAGCAGAAAAAUAUAGAAAGCCUGUUCUCUUUUUUGAAUGAGUAUGUGCACAAUGUAUAAGAAAGAAUGAUAAAAGUUAUCAUCUGAAGCAACUGCUUACAAAUUAGUGAUUAUUUUAUUUUAUUUUUUACAGAAUUGCAUGCCUUGCAGUUUUCAUCAGUUUACCAAACUGAGUGACAGUUGAAUUUCUCUUAUUUUUUGUUUUGAGUUUCCCUCACAAUUUUUUCAAUUAUUAAAUCUUUAGUAUGCUUUUAUACCUACUUCUAUUCUGUUUUCUUUGUGUGCUCACAUUUAAAAGUAGUUUUCACUGUGCAUUGUGUUUAUUUUCAGUGUUCUCACAAACUAAAGUUGUUUCAAUUUUCAAGCAUGACCUGAAAUAUCUCUAAUUUUUUUCCCCGUUACUCAAUUAGGUGCUUUUCAGACCUGAGUGGAUUGUAUGGGGUCUUAAUUACCAUCCGCUGAAAGACAAAAAUUUCUUCACACUUACAUAAAUUGAGUCAGUGUGCACAUUAUAUACUUAAUUUCUGUUGUUUGUUUGUUUUGUACAAUAAGUAAUUACAAUUAGACGUGUUAGAAAGAUUAAAUAUUAUUAAAUAAAUUUGCAGUCAUUAUUUUGUUGCCAUGUUUAGAGCAAUUAUUUUUUAUACUUGAAGUGAACUUAUAAAUUCUUUCUUAUAAGUAGAGGUGAAGUGAGAAUUCUAAAUUAGUAUGGGCGAAAGAAGAAUUGUUGUGCCAUACCUUAACCUUAUUUAAUAAUCUGUAAAUGUUCUCAAAUUCAGAAAUUUGGCAACUUAUGGCAGUUAUAGCUUUUCAAGAUUAGUUACAAGCUUUUUUUUUUCAAUGAAAAAGCAUUCAGCCGGUUCUAGUUCAGUAAAAAGGAUAAAAAUAAGGUGUCAUAAUAUAUUUUUAUUAUUUUAUUUUUUAUACAGAAAAUCAAAUAAUUCAUUUUUGAAAAUUCUUUACAAAUCAUAGGGUGAAGUACAAUCGCAUGUAGCUAUAUCAUCAUUCUAGGUUGGUAUAGAAAAUCAACAUACGAACAAAUCAUGGUAAAGUUUGAUGGCAGCUCGCUGUUUUGAUGGAAUUGAACCCGGUUUAUCUUUUCGUAGGCAAUUUUUUUGGAGAACAUUGCUGACCAUUCCUAAUUAUUGA